UAUGCAAUUUACGAAUUUUAUCUUACAAAGAAUUUGGGUGAUGAUUACCCAAUUACAACUAAGUAUUUCAAGAAACAAGACUAUUCUUCUGAACAGAUUUCCUUAGCAUAUCGUAAAGGAAUUUUUCCUUAUGAAUACAUAGACUCUCAUGACUGA